AUGGUUCGACGACAACUCAGUUUGAAUGACAGGGGAAGGGCCAUUGGCUGGCUACAAGAUGGACACACUCAAAGAUCUGUGGCUCACCGUCUAAAUGUAAGCCAAAGUGUUAUCGGUAGACUCUGGCAGAGGUUCAGGACGACUAAUUCUAUUCAGAAUCGCUCCCGUUCUGGAAGACCACGAUCAACAACAGCACGAGAAGACCGUUUCCUGAUGAUAACGGCGUUGCGACAGCGUUUUGUGACCCCACAGCGUCUUCGCGACCAACCCAGAGCUGCUACAGGCAACAAUGUGUCUGACCAGACCAUUAGGAAUCGUCUGCGAGACCAAGGUUUGCGAUGUCAGCGUCCUGUAGUCCGACUACAGCUACUUGCCCGUCACAGAAGGGCUCGCCUUGAUUGGUGCAGACGUCAUAUCCGGUGGAACCGUGGGCAAUAG